AUGGCACCUGCAGUGCUGGAAAACAGAACGAGAGACCACUUGCAGUUUACUCCCAUCCUUCCAGCAAAGUCCGUUCCGCCUACAACUCUUACGACCACCCUUUCGAAUCCGUCGAUACAAGUUACCGCAGAUCAUCAGAUCAAGCAAGUCAACGCUCCAGUUUACGCUCCCGGACGAGGGGAAGUCCUUCUACAUAUCAAGGCGACUGGGGUUUGCGGGUCAGACAUCCAUUUCUGGAAAACCGGGCGGAUUGGAUCGCUUGUUGUUGAAGGCGACUGCAUCUUAGGCCAUGAAGCUGCCGGCAUCGUUUUGAAAUGCGGAGAGGGGGUCACUGACUUGAAGCCUGGCGACAGAGUGGCGAUGGAGCCGGGCGUGCCUUGUGGAACAUGCUUCCUCUGUAUGGACGGCCGAUAUAACCUUUGCGGAGACGUGAAAUUUGCUGGCGUCUAUCCUUACCAUGGCAGUCUUCAGAGAUAUAAGGUCCAUCCUGCGAAGUGGUUACACAAGCUCCCCGACAAUGUUUCAUUCGCCGAAGGCGCCCUAGUUGAGCCUCUUUCAGUUGUCAUGCAUGGCAUCGACCGAGCCAGACUGAGUCUUGGUCAUCCGGCUCUCGUCUGCGGUGCUGGUCCCAUCGGGCUCAUUGCGGUGGCAGCAGCACGAGCAUCAGGUGCUCAUCCUAUCGUUAUCACCGAUCUGGAUCCAGGACGACUUGCCUUUGCCAAAGAAUUCGUUCCCUCCUGCACCACCUAUCAAAUUGACCGCUCAUUAGACGCUGAAGGCAAUGCCAAAGCGAUCCGAAAGUUGUACGGCGAGACUGAGUAUGUUGCUCCACAGACGGUUUUGGAGUGUACCGGAGUCGAAAGCAGCGUUUGCACCGCCGCGUUUGCGGUCAGAAGAGGUGGGACAGUCAUGGUGAUCGGUGUUGGACGAGAAAUCAUGAACAAUCUCCCAUUCAUGCAUCUAUCACUUGCCGAGAUCGACCUCAAAUUCAUCAACCGGUACCGUGAUACCUGGCCCGCAGGCAUCGCGUGCCUGAGCAGUGGCAUCUUGGAUCUGAAGAAACUCAUAUCGCAUACAUUCCCUCUCGAAAACGGGCUUGAGGCACUUCAGCUUUGCUCCGACAUCACUAAAGGCGGUAUUAAGGUCCAGAUUAUCGACGAUGUCGAUGUGAGUCUGUGA